AUGCCCGUAAAGCUCCCGCCAUCGUGCUGUGCAGCAGGCACACCGUCGGCGCCGCCGCCCCCCGUCCGAGUUGCUCCUCCUCCUCACCACACAGACGACAACGAAGCUACGCCGGGGACCGGCCCGCUAGGACCCAGAUGGGGCCCGCAGGGCCCAGAUCUGGGCCGGGGGCGCGCCGCCGGCCAACCUGCGCCACCACGCCGUCUCGCCGCCAAGGGGCCGCACCACCCCCUCGCGUGCCGGCGGGACGCCGGGCCGUCGUCGAGCCGAGGAGCACCGCCGCUGCCCCCAUGCCCCGGGCAGGGAGCCACGCGCGUGGGGACAGGCAGGCCCCGCCGCCACCAACACCACCCGGCCAAGCCCGGGGGUGGCCGUGGUGCGGACCAAUCCGCGGAGGACACCCGGAUGGCUCAAGAGGCAGCAGCAUGCAUCGCAGGUCCGUCGUGCGGUUCUCGUCUCCGCUUGCGUCCUGGUGCCGGCAGCAGUGGUCUCUUGUCGAGUGUACAUGAGGCGCUGCUAGUCUGGUCGGCUGAUCAAGGGUGGAUCGAUCGGGAUGUGAACUGA